GACGGUGUGGUUAACGGUUUUAUGAUUUGAAAAAAUCGCUAACCGCUUGUACACCCCUAUACUGCAUAUUUUUUUUGAUCAUGAGUUGUCAUUAGAGUAGCCAGUAGGGCUGAAAUAGCGGGCAUGCCAAUCGCCCUAAUCGCUAACCGCUUUUGAAGGUGAUUAGAAAAAACUGCUAAUCGCCUAGGACGGUGUCGUUAGCAAUUUUAUGAUUUGGAAAAACUGCUAACCCCACACACACACACACGGUUUUAUAAUUUGGAAAAACCGCUAACCCCCCCCACACACACACACACACACAUAUAUAUAUAUAUAUAUAUAUAUAUAUAUAUGAAACGACAUCGUUUUGGUCUUCUUCUUUUUUUCUCUUUUUUCAUUUUAAAAAGCAGUUAGUGGUACCGCUUAGCGGAGGUGAUUAUCCGAUUUUACUAACCGCUUAGGCGGUUGUAAGUAGCAGUUUUAGCUAAAAAUCACUUAUUGUAACUGCAUUUUCACCCUUAAAUUAGAGUAAGCAGGCAAUACUGGAGUAUGUGCUACACCUGCAACACUUGGACAAAGGGGAAUUGAAUUGGAUGAACAAAUUAGACGUUAUUAAGUCAUAUGAACAAAAUUAUGGUUUCCUAUAGCCAUCUAUAGACGCCCAGCUGAGAAUUUUUUUAAAAAAAAAUUUCAGAUGAUCAAUUUAUGCAAUGUCUACAAGGGGAUGACAUGUUAAUUUUCGUGCACUUUCUCCUUUUUAAAAUUCCUUGAAUUACUAUUUGCUUUCCACAUGACCUUGUGCUUAGUUCAUGCUAUAUAUUUGUGAAGUGCAGAGCAGAGAGUAUACGGCGAGGCAAAGAAACUAUUAGUAGACGGACCAUCACUUGAUGGAGAGAUAUUUAUAAUACUCUAUUCAAAGAAUGGAUCCCUCCAAUUCCUUUGAAUCUCAAGCAUCUGUUAAUACUAAUCAGCCUGAGCAAACAGAGACCAUCACUUGCAUGGAUCGUGAUUCCUACAAUGCUGCAGCAGAAGGCAGAAUCGAGUUCUUCAAAAAUAUCAUCAAUCAUGAGUCUCUACUAACCCCAAAUAAAAAUACAAUCCUCCAUAUUUACAUCACAGCCCUCAAUUCUGGAUCCAAUUCAACAACCCCCAAUGCAGUAUCGGAAUCAACAAAAACCCUUAAUGCAGGAACAAAAUCAACAACCCUUAUUGGACGAUUAGGAUCAACAACUAACUCUCUGAAAAAAAUUCUCAAAAUCCGUCCCUCAUUAUUACGGCAAGCCAAUGCCAAAAGUGCAAGAGGAUAUGGAGGAGGAGAUGGAGGAGGAUAUGGAGGAGGAGGAGCGGAAACAACAACCCUCGAUGGAGGAGCGGAAUCAACAACCAACUUUGUGGAAGAAAUUCUUAAAAAGUGUCCCUCACUGUUAUGGCAAGCGAAUGCCAAAUGUGAAACUCCAUUGCACAUUGCGGCAAGGUACGGGCAUGAUGGCAUAGUGGAAGUUCUAAUCGAAUAUUGUGCCCAAACUCGCGCCCAAACUCGCCAUGAUCAAGACCUUGAAGAGGAGAUUGAACCAGUAAAGGAACUGCUGAGGAUGACGAACAAAGAGAAAGACACGGCUUUGCAUGAGGCUGUACGUUAUAAUCACCUUGAGGUGGUAAAAUUGUUGAUUAGUAAAGACCCAGAUUUUUCAUAUUCUGCUAAUGAUGCUGGUGAGACUCCACUUUACAUAGCUGCCGAGAGAGGGUUUAAAGAUUUGUUGUUCGAAAUUUUAGACAAAUGCAAAUCACCAAUGCAUGGGGGUCCCCUUGGUAGGACGGCUUUGCAUGCUGCCCUAUUGCCGCGUUACAGAUAUUAUGAAAGAAUUCUGGAAAAAAUUGAUGGUAUAAGUAGAAAAAAGGACAAUAACGGUUGGACUCCACUUCACUUGGCUGCAUACUUCGGCUUUCCAAGCAUGGUUGAGCAGUUGUUGGAUAAAGAUAGAGAAGUAGCAUACAUGAAAGACACAAAGAGUAUGACACCUCUUCAUAUUGCAGCUCAACAUGGUAAUUAUUUGGCAAUGAAGGUGAUUGUAGAAAGGUGUCCAGAUUGUUGCGAACUGGUUGAUAACAGAGGUUGGAAUGUACUCCAUUUUGCUAUCAAAGGAAGGAGGAGUUAUAAGCUAAACACUAUCGUGGAUAUUAUAAUAGAAAAUUGGUCUUUCAGUAACCUUUUGAAUGAGAAGAAUGCCGAUGGGGAUACACCUCUUCAUUUCUAUGCCACUACUUCUUCGGAAUCAUUAUUAAAGUUAAAGAAGUUCGUUAGUCACCCUCGACUCGACGAGAUGGCCUUCAACAAACAACACCUCAACGCGUGGGAUAUCUCUGCCGCAACUGAAAAACGUUCAUGGACAGAGAUUUAA